AUGCCGACAGACCGGGCGCAGGUGACGGACCUCAACGGGGAGGCAGAGGGCUACCCUGAAGACUUGUACGACGAAUUCCUACUCGACGAGCCUAAGGCACCUGCCCCGCCGCAGCUGCGGUUCGGGCUUGGCGAGAACCUGGAGUCAGGAUGGUGGACGGAGCAGGACGCCAACGCGGCCCACUGCCAUGACGACGACGACGACGACAACGGCGACGGCCUCGACGCCGCGGAGCGCAAGCAGCUGGCGCUGCAGCUGCGGGCCGAGGCGUGGGAGGACCGGCGGCUGGUGCCGCGGCUCAGGGACUACGUCUGCUCGCCUGCCUUCCUAGAUGCUUUCAAGCAGGCAGAGGCGAAAGUGAAGCAGCAGGCAAAGAGCAAGGCCGACGCCGCGGAAAAGACCAAGAAGGAGAAGGCUACGGCGCGCAAGGCCGAGAGGGACGCGGCGAAGCAGGCCGCCACCGCCGCCAUGACCAAGGGUCAGUGGUUUUGA